GGCAUUCAGUAGAUACUGCAUAGACCACUGAUUGAUUUCUGCAGUUAGUUGACAGGAGCCCAGUUUGAUUUUCAUUUGAUUUGGUUAUGCAAGGUGUCCCUCUGGUGCUGUGGUCCUGCCCAUGGCUAUCACUUCCUUGGGGCAGCAGCCAUCAGCCAGAGGCUUACACUGUCAGAGGCUGAGGGAGACUGUGGAGGAACUUGCCAAGAAGAGAAGAGGCUGGUCAUGUGGCUUGGCUGGUACUCAGAGAACGUACAGAGGUGCUUGGGGGAAAGGAUCAGCAAGCAAAUCUCUGUACCAAUCAUAUCAGACUCCUGUUUCUUCUCUCAUUGUGAGGAGAAGUAGUUUAAGGUAGGGAUUUCAGAUCUUGAACUUUGUCAGAAUUGGGUUUGAAAUGCAGCUCUGCCAUUUAUGAGUCACGUGAUUUUUUUUUUUUUUUUUUUUUAAGAUUGAAUUCUUCAGGGUUGCCUGCAUGGCUCAGUCAGUUAAAUGUUCAACUGUUGAUUUCAGCUCAGGUCAUGGUCUCAUGGUUUGUGAGACUGAGCUCCGCGUAGGGCUCUGCACUGACAGCAUGGAGCCUGCUUGGGAUUCUCUCUCUCUCUCUCUCUCUCUCUCAAAAAAUAAACUUAAAAAAAAAAGAUUGAGUUUCCCAGAAGCCAGAAGUUGAGACAAAGAUUUAAAUGAAAGUGAAUUGUUAGAAAAUGUUCCAGGAAGAAGCUGACGGGGAAGUAGGGAAAUAAGAUAGAGAAAUUAAAAAAAAAAAAAAGCAAGCAAGGGUGCAAUAUCAAGUACUGUGAGGUGACUGUUUAGGGUGGUAUCUGGUACAUUCCCAUCCAGAAGCAGUGUUCCAGGUUGUCCAGAUCAGCCCUCAUUUGGUGGUUAAGGGCUGACCCAGGCGGAUGCAAGUUCCUAGACGCUAUCAGUUCUCCAAGGGCAGAUCAAGAUGGCUCCAGCAGCCUGAGGGCUGCAAAGACACAGGUGCUGGGUGUCCAGAGUGAAGGCACACAGGGAAUCUGUGUGCACAAAACUAGUUAAGGGAGAGCCUGGGUGGCUCAGUUGGUUAAGCAUCUGGCUCUUGUUUUCAGCUCACGGUUUGUGGGAUAGAGCCCUGCGUAGGGUUCUGCACCAAUCACGGAGCCUGCUUGGGAUUCUCUCUCUCCCCCUCUCUCUGCCCCUUCCCCACACGUGGGCUUUCUCUCUCUCUCAAAAUAAAUAAACAUUUGUAAAAAAUGGUUAAGGGAUCUACAUCAGCAAAGAACUGACAACAUCUGCUACAAAGCCUUUUGUAGAUUAUUACAGCUUCUGAGCCUCAGUUUUUUCAUCUGUUAAAUAGAAGGAAAAUAACUUGUUUAAAAUCAUUGGGGAAGUAACACAAAUACACCACCUGUUGAGAUUCCAUGGCAAAAACAGAUAUUCAAUAAGGUAACUAUUAUUGGCUUUGAAGUGAGUGACUGCAAACCUUGAGGCCUAAAUAAACAGAUACGUGCAGAAUUUGAUUUGUAACAAUAUAUGCCUAAAAGAAGCGUUUCAAUUUUACAAGGAAGUUUUGAAAGCUAAAGAUAAUUGUAAUAAUGCCUUCAGAACACUGUUGAUAAGAGCAUUCUAAUACUUAAGGUGUUUUCAACAAUAGAAUUGACAUUACAGCAUAAGCUUUUACGAAAUGAGACACUAUUCUGUUUACAGUUUUUGUAAUGAAUCUUCAGAGGCCACACCAGCUAUCCUUGGCAGAGCCUCCCAGAGUCUGCAAAGAGUUAAUCCAGGCCUAGGGACAAAUUCUUCUGGGAAGCCUAAGUUCACCAAGUGCCGUUCACCUGAACUAGAGACUUUUUCGUGCCACUGGACAGAUGGGGUUCGUCGUGGCUUCAAGAGCCCAGGAUCCACACAGCUAUUCUAUAUUAGAAGGAGCACUCAAGAGUGGACUCAAGAAUGGAAAGAAUGCCCCGAUUAUGUCUCUGCUGGAGAAAACAGCUGUUACUUUAAUUCAUCUUAUACCUCCAUUUGGAUACCCUACUGUAUCAAGCUAACCAGCAAUGGUGGUACAGUGGAUCAAAAGUGUUUCUCUGUUGAGGAAAUAGUGCAACCAGAUCCACCCAUUGGCCUCAACUGGACUCUACUGAACAUCAGUUUAACGGGGAUUCAUGCAGAUAUCCAGGUGAGGUGGGAACCACCGCCCAAUGCAGACGUUCAGAAGGGAUGGAUAGUCCUGGAGUAUGAACUGCAGUACAAAGAAGUAAAUGAGUCCCAGUGGAAAACGAUGGACCCUGUAUUGUCAACAUCAGUUCCAGUUUAUUCACUGAGACUAGAUAAAGAAUAUGAAGUGCGUGUGAGAUCCAGACAACGAAACUCUGAAAAAUAUGGCGAGUUCAGUGAGGUGCUCUAUGUAACACUUCCUCAAAUGAGCCCAUUUGCAUGUGAAGAAGAUUUCCAGUUUCCAUGGUUCUUAAUUACUAUCUUUGGAAUAUUUGGGCUAACGAUGAUACUAUUUUUAUUCAUAUUUUCUAAACAGCAAAGGAUUAAGAUGCUGAUUCUUCCUCCAGUUCCAGUUCCAAAGAUUAAAGGAAUUGAUCCAGAUCUCCUCAAGGAAGGAAAAUUAGAAGAGGUGAACACAAUCUUAGCCAUUCAUGACAACUAUAAACCUGAAUUCUACAACGAUGACUCUUGGGUUGAAUUCAUUGAGCUGGAUAUUGAUGACCCCGAUGAAAAGACUGAAGGCUCCGACACAGACAGACUUCUAAGCAAUGACCAUGAGAAAUCACUUAACAUCCUUGGAGCAAAGGAUGAUGACUCUGGACGUACCAGCUGUUAUGAACCUGACAUUUUGGAGACUGAUUUCAAUGCCAGUGACAUGUGUGAUGGUACCUCAGAGGUUGCUCAGCCACAGAGGUUAAAAGGGGAAGUAGAUCUCUUGUGCCUUGACCAGAAGAAUCAAAAUAACUCACCUUCUACUGAUGCUACCCCUACCACUCAGCAGCCCAGUGUUAUCCUAGCAAAGGAAAACAAACCAAGACCGCUUCUUAUUAGUGGAACUGAGUCAACUCAUCAAGCUGCCCAUACUCAGCUAAGCAAUCCAAGUUCACUGGCAAACAUCGACUUUUAUGCCCAGGUAAGCGACAUUACUCCAGCGGGGAGUGUGGUCCUUUCCCCAGGCCAAAAGAAUAAGGCAGGGAUAUCCCCGUGUGACAUGCAUCCAGAAGCGGUCUCACUCUGCCAAGCAAACUUCAUCAUGGACAACGCCUACUUCUGCGAGGCAGACGCCAAAAAGUGCAUCGCUGUGGCCCCUCACGUCGAGGCUGAAUCACGUGUGGAGCCAAGCUUUAACCAGGAAGACAUUUACAUCACCACAGAAAGCCUUACCACUACCGCUGGCCAGUCUGGGACAGCAGAACGGGCUCCGAGUUCUGAGAUGCCUGUCCCAGACUAUACCUCCAUUCACAUAGUACAGUCUCCGCAGGGCCUCGUGCUCAAUGCCACAGCCUUGCCCUUGCCUGACAAAGAGUUUCUCUCAUCGUGUGGCUACGUGAGCACAGACCAACUGAACAAAAUCAUGCCGUAGCCUUUCUUUGAUUUCCCACAAGCUACAUAUUGAAUGGUGAGGAGCUGGCUAGGGCAUGAGUGCUUACACCAAAACAAUGUUUAAACUUUUGGGGGGGAUGGGGGGAGCGGAUUCUAAAUGCCUUUUUCCUGAAGUGUUGAAAGAUAAUAUUAAAAAAGAAACAAGAACGCCUGAUCGGAUAGAUAUUCCUAUUGUGAACUGUAAAUAUUUUAAAGAAUCGUCUCAAAGACUGUUUAGUGGCAGUGAUUGUCUUGUUAAUGUGGGUGUUAAUUUUGUGAUACUAAGCAUUGAAUGGCUGUUUCUAAUGUAUAGUAAAUCAUGCUUUUUGAAAAAGCAAAAAAUCAGGUGGCUUUUGCAGUUCAGGAAAAUUGAAUGCAAAUCAGAGCACAGGCCAAUGUUUUUUAGAUAAUCCGGAACUAAAAUUAUAGGUAAGAAGGCAAGAAAUAGUUUGGAUAUGUAAAACAUUUAUUUUGACAUAAAAUUUAUAAAGGUAUUUUUAAGAAUUUACACUACAAGCAUGGCUAUUUUAUAUUACACUACACGCUGUGUACCGUAGUUCAUGCAGACCCAUCUGGAGAAUGUAGCAACCGCACUCUAAAGCCGGUUUAAUGCUUUGGUCGGUCCACCUAAAGAAAAACAAAUAAGCAAGUUAGUUUUUUACGCGGCCCUUUUUGUACCUCCCAAAACUCCUUAAGCAAUUCUGAAGUGAUUGUUGUUACCUGCAUUAUUGGCACAUGCUUGUCUUAAUUUAAAUUUUUAAAGAAAUAUUUGUUAAUUGAGACAACUUUUAAGAUGUAUGCACAGGUCUACUCAUCAUGAACCAAACCAAAACAAACAAACAAAAGACUCUUCCUUACCCAAAGUUCGGCUCAGGUCAGAGAGCUCCCUACUAAGAGAAGGAGAGGGUAUUAGCUGGUCCUUACUGACAGGCUGCUCAGGGGCUAUUGUUGCACACGGAGGGAGUGUUUAGGCAGGCAGAUCAUGAGCGAUGGCCCCAGAACCUUUGUAGUGGUAUCUCUUCUAACACAAUGUGAUUCUAUUACACAGUGACCUAAGAAGGGAAUAAAGUACAAGAAGCAUUUUGUAAGUCGAAGCAAAUUGAAAAUGAAGUUAACCAGAUAAUGGAACCAAAAGAUCAAGAAAUAUACCCACUAUUCAUUGUAACAAGAAACAGAAGGAACAAGAUUUUCAAUCCCCUCAGAUAAGUCAAAAUGUUCUUAAACCAAUGGCGGAAACUUUCUUCCUCACCAAACUCUUUCUAGGGUUUAUUUAAAGUAGCAAAGAAGUGUCCUCAUUUUUUAUUUCCCCUCUGAGUGGAUUGGCCUCCAAGAGGGUAGUCAGAAGAGAAAGAAGCGUCCUGAAGUAAUGUUGAAAUUAUCGUUCAACAUCAUUCUUGGGAGCGUUGGGAUUAUUCCCCAAAAGGUUUGUCCAAAGAGAAGAAUCUCAUCUCACUGAAAAAUGCUUCUCACUUUAAGUUUUGGUUUUUUUUGUUUUUGUUUUUGUUUUUUUUACAUUUAAUGAAACUUUAAAGUUAGCUUUAACUUAAAUAGUAUUUGCCAUUUAGCUCAGACCUUUUUAGGAAACAGGCUUAAUGGUUGGUGAUUUUAAAUUCCCUCUUUCUUGCGGGAAGGACAGUGAAAAGCUAGAACUGGGUGUUCCAAGUUCAACAUGUUACUUUGUAAUAGGUGUUUAAUAGAUCUUUUCUGCUACCUUGCUGCUAUAGUUUUCUCUAAGAGCUACAUAAUUUAGUUUCAUAUACAAUUUCAUCGGUGUAGAACCUAAUUCAACUUAAAACUGUGUGCUUGGGAAAACUAUCUUACUAUUUCACCAUAGGCUGACAACAAUUUCUAUAGCCAAAAAUAGCUAAAUACCUCAAUCAGUCUCAGAAUGUCAUUCUGGUACUUUGCUGGCCACACAAGCCAUUAUUCACUAGUAUGACUAGUUGUGUCCUG